AUGAAUAAUUAUCCCAUUUCAGAUUUUAUUGUUUCUGAUCCCGAUACUCGUCAACUUUUAGACGAAUUCGAAAAAAAAAUACAGUAUGAUCACCCAUCUACUCCUUGCGCCUAUUGUUCUAUCCUAAUGAUGAGCACUGCUGCGAAAUGGGUUGAUUAUGACCCUGAUGAAACUUACGACCUAACGACAGCAUUCCCCAAACUUCAGCUACCUUUGCCAGCAAUACCUGAAAAAAUCAACGCGGUUCCAAUGGUGCUUCAUCAGACUAUCAAAGAAUAA